AUGCCAGUCUUUUACUUUUGGCUCGAACUGUUGUUACUGAAUUCACUUUUAUUCUUUCUCUCUUCUUCUCUUUCCCUUGCAUGUCUCUUUCUUUUGUUUUCCUAUGUCAAAUCAUACACCAUUCCUGAUGCUAUCCACUACCCUACUACACCACCAUUUUCUUUCGCCCUUUCUCUCCGUAUUCAUAUUUCUUUUUCUUCCUUUGUAGCUCCACGAAUGGCUGCUCCCAUGGUACAUUAUGUAUCGGGGACGAUCAACACAGUAAUGCAGCCACACAGUGGAAAUGACACCGGACGGUUCAGUCGUCAUACUGCGGUGGACAUAACGAAGCUUCCAGAGGCGCUUCCGGCCAAUAGAACUCAUCAGUUAUCGACUGAGAACAUCAGAUAUCGCCGCCCGGUCUCGAAACCGGAUGUGUGUCUGCCGCAUGGCCGCAGCUUCCGGUGUGUGGUCGAGAGCCACAAGAUUACAUGUUUAAUUUUAUGCUACCUUUUCUUCCUUAUUCUGUUCCUUUCAAAUAACCUCUAUCUUUUUCUUUCUCUUUCUUAUACACUCACUUUUACAUCACUUUUCUUUCCUUUUUCCCUUUCCUACUCCUUUCAGAAAAGCUUUAUUAUUUUCUUACAUAUCUUCCCCCUCCUAAAUCUACAUUCUUUCUUUCUUUCUUUCUUUCUUUCUUUCUUUCUUUCUUUCUUUGUUUGUUUGUUUCUUUCUUUAUUUAUUUUUUCUUUUUUUCUUUCUUUCUUUGCUAUUCCUUUCAAAUAUCAUUUACACUUUUCUUUUUCUAUUUUAACAUUUUCCUUUCUUUUUAUAUCCUAA